AUGGCGGCGCGCGCAGCGCUCGGGGCCUUGUGCCGGCGCCUCUGGCAGGGUUCGAGGGAUUUUUCUGUAAACAGUUCUAAGAACAGUACACCCAGAAAUGGCGCCUUUCUUCUCAGUUCCAGCAUGAAGUGGGUACAGUUUUCAAACCUUCAUGUUGAUGUUCCCAAGGACUUAACCAGGCCCGUGAUAACUAUUUCUGAUGAACCAGACACAUUGUAUAAGCGCCUAUCGGUUUUAGUAAAAGGCCAUGAUAAGGCUGUGUUGGACAGCUAUGAAUAUUUUGCCGUGCUUGCUGCUAAAGAACUUGGGAUCUCUAUUGAAGUACAUGAACCUCCAAGGAAAAUAGAGCGAUUUACUCUUCUCAAAUCGGUGCAUAUUUUCAAGAAGCACAGAGUUCAGUAUGAAAUGAGAACACUUUUCAGGUGCUUUGAGCUAAAGCAUCUAACUGGAAGCACAGCAGAUGUCUACCUGGAAUACAUUCAGCGAAACUUACCUGAAGGAGUUGCCAUGGAAGUUACAAAGACAAAAUUAGAGCGGUUACCAGAACACAUCAAGGAGCCAAUCUGGGAAAAGAUGCCAGAGGAAAAGGAAGAAAGCACGUCAUAA